CGUACGUGUUUAAUACCUAAGCUAUACAACUACAACUACCUAUCCAAGGUAACGAACACGAUUAACCAAUGCUCGAAGUCAUUUAACUCGACAAUUCCCGACUCCCAUAGCAUCCCGCCGCGUAAGAGCCGCAUCUUGCAAAGAUGCAUCUACCGGCACGCACGCUAUCCAUCGCGCUGCUGUUAGCCUUACCAGCAGCCGUGCGCGCCGUCUUCAAGGACGAGGUCGGCCACAUCGAUUACCACCACGAACUCCUCGGCGUGCCCCAACGCGAAACUACAUUCUUCCACCGACCUAGACCUUCCGAAAAAGCUAGCUUAUUAUACACACUUAGCGAUUUAGGUGUGUUGGGUGCUGUGAAUCCGGGCAAUGGAGCAGUGGUCUGGAGACAGUUGUUGAAUAAUAAUAUCACAGAAGGGGGGCAUUUACGAGCGGCCGAGGACGAGACUUGGCUUGCUAGUGCCCUGGGGAGUAAGGUACAUGCUUGGGAUGCGAUUAGUGGACGGAAUGUCUGGACUCUGGAUUUCGAUGGGAGUGUGAAGGACCUUGAGGUUAUGGCGUUGACGGAGGGUGAGAGGAAGGAUGUUCUAGCUUUACAUGAGGAGGACGGUACAACUGCCGCGCGGAGAAUAAACGGCGCGGAGGGACGCGUGGUCUGGGAGUUCAGGGAGGUCACGAAGGACCUGCCGCUGCAGGUCAGCACCAACCUGGAAAAGGUGUUUGUCGUUACGCUCCAUGGUUCCCUACUGUCCUACAACCUCAAGGUUAUUGUCCUGGAUACCCUAACAGGAAAGAAGCUUGACGAGAUUAUUAUCGGCACGAAAGGCGAAGUACAAAAACCAGAGGAUGUUCAAUUCGUGGGCGCAAACUCAGCUGCUCCGGUUGUGGCUUGGACGGAUAACACCUUGACAAAGCUGAAGGUCAAUGUUCUUGGCUCUAAGAGCAGACAGGAAUUCCCCCUUGUGGCGGGCACAGUUGAUGUGGAAGUCCAUGCUCCACAUACGGUCCAGUCUUCGCCCCAUUUCCUCGUACAUACCCGAACUAAGACGGGAAGCAAAGCGGAUGUGUUCCAUAUCGACCUCAAGAGCAAUGCGAUCAGCAAAGCAUACGAUCUACCUCUACUUGAAGGUGCAAGUGCUUUCUCAACAAGUUCAUCUGCUGCCAACGUCUACUUUACUCGAGUUACGGCCGACGAGGUCAUUGUCACUUCUUCAGUUUCCCAUGGCAUCCUAGGUCGCUGGCCUCUUAAGUCCGGAACGCAGAAGCUAUCUGCUGUGCACGGUGUUUCCGAAGUGAUCAAGAAGGCCGAAGAUAACUACGCAGUACGAUCCGCCAUUGUAACCGAUGAUGAUGACUGGACUCAGAUUAUCAAUGGUGACCUGGCUUGGACUCGAACUGAAGGCUUGAGCGGUGUUGUGGCUGCUACCUGGGCGGAGAUUCCCGAGUCAGAAGAUUUGGCGAAGACACUAGAGGCCGAAGCCCACACUGAUCCUUGGUCUGCUUUCGUCCACCGGGUUACUCGCCACAUUGAUGAGCUACAAUACUUACCCGCCUUUUUGCAAACCAUUCCUCAGCGUCUUGUGGCUAGUGUUAUUGGCGCCGAGACUUCAGGACCAAGCACUAAACUUACACGGGAUAGCUUUGGGUUCCACAAACUUGUCGUUCUAGCGACGAAGCGUGGGAAGCUUUACGGUCUUGAUGCCGGCAACCACGGAAGAAUCGUCUGGUCGAAACCCGCUAGCGAAACUCCCGGAGAAAAGCCUUGGGAUGUAAAGGCUAUCCAUGCUGAUGACGUAAAUGGAUUUGUCACCGUCCGCGGAGCCAACGGUGAAUUCAUUAUCAUUAAAUCGGACACUGGCAAGACUGUUGAGUCGAUACCGGUUGGCCUAUUCCCACCAGUUGAGAGUGCUGUUGUGGUUGAUAGUGAGGCCGGACCUUGGCUACUCCCCAUCGGCAAGGACGGAAAGAUUGCCGAAGUGCAAAGUUCGCACACUCCCAAGCAGACCAUCGUUACACGAACGAGCGAUGGCGGACUCAAGGGUGUCAAAUUUGUGUCUAAGGGCGAGCAAGCUGUUGAAGUCCCAACCUGGAUCUUUACACCUCCCGCGGGACAGAAGAUUGUUGAGGUAGCGAGCCGAUCCCAGUAUGACCCGAUCGCAUCGAUAGGGCGAGUACUAGGAGACCGAACAGUCAAGUACAAGUACCUCAAUCCUAACACUCUAGUUGUUGCGGCGACCGACGAAAAAGCAAACUCUCUCUCUGUUUAUCUACUAGAUACUAUUUCUGGCGAAGUUUUAACCUCGGCAACAUACGAAGGCAUCGAUCCAACCAAGGAAACCUCCUGCGCUAUUGCUGAGAACUGGUUUCUAUGCUCGUUCUUCGGCGACUAUAGCCUACGGGACUCCCCGGCGCAAAAACUAAAAGGCUACCAAGUCGUCGUAUCUGACCUCUACGAAUCCGACAACGCUAACGACCGCGGCCCGCUAGGAGACGCGGCUAACCUCUCGUCCUUGGACCCAGUUGAUUUACCUACCAGCCCGUACCUACCUUCCGUUGUAUCGAAGACAUUUGUUCUAUCGGAGCCUAUCGCCGCGCUAGAAGUAACCAAGACUCGCCAAGGCAUCACAUCCAGACAGCUCUUAGCAUACCUACCCGAAUCCCACUCCAUUGUUGGCAUCCCCAAACUUGCUCUCGAGCCGCGUCGUCCUGCAGGUCGUGAUCCUACCCCUGCCGAGCUCGAGGAAGGGCUUUCAAAAUACAUCCCCGCCAUCGAACUUGAUCCGCGUAUGCAGAUCACGCACCAGCGCGAAAUUUUCGGAGUCAAGGAUAUCAUAGCCACACCCGCGGCACUUGAAAGCACAAGUUUGGUAUUUGCGUACGGAAUUGAUGUUUUCGGAACGAGGGUUGCGCCGAGUUUGGCGUUUGAUGUAUUAGGCAAGGGAUUUAAUAAGUUAGCUUUGCUCGGUACAGUGGCAGCGCUUGUGUUUGGUGUAGGCGCUUUAAGGCCGAUGGUUCGCAAGAAGCAGAUCGAUGCCCGAUGGAAGUCAUAAACGUACGAAAACGCGGGGGAAUUUGUGGAAUGAGAUUGUAUCUUUACCUUACUUUCCAUAUUGUCUAAAUAGCUCUAGAUGAGAAGCGACAGGGAUAAAAAGGAAAAAGGUAACGAUGAUGGUAAAUGUACAGUAUAGCAGGCGAUAUUACGAUUAAAUGAGCCGGAGGAACCGAGCCCAGGUUAGAGGAGCGGUUUUUUAAGGCCGACGAAUAGAUUCUCACGUUUACUUGCCUACGUAUUUUGUGACUUAAAGCUGAGACCUGAUGCUUU